AUGCCUCACGCCACGGAAACCGGGGUGCCCGACGCCGAAGAUGCCGAUUUCGAAAAUGUCAUGCGACAGAUGAACGGCCCCCUCGAGGGGGGCAUGUCUUUGGACUUUUUAAACCGAGACUUGGAACCCGGCGAGAAGGCAGAUGACGCGGUCGAUUACGAAGAUUUUGACGAGGAUGAUUUACCCGAGGAGGAGGAAAGAGCCCAAAGAAUGGCGGAAAACGGAGUGGCAGAUAACGAUGAUCUCGAUAAAGAUUUGUUUGAAGCCGAGGACGAUGAUCUAUUCGGAGGCCCGGCCGAUGACGAGCCGAUUCAACAAGAUCAGCCACCAGAGUCGGCUCCGGAUGAAUUUGACGACCUCUUUGGCGACGGGCCCUCUUCGCCUGGACCGGAUCAGGUGGACUCGACGCGCGAUUUGUUCUUCGAGGAAGAGGAAGGCGAGCAACCGCCGCCUGCGCCUGCUGUCCCCAUCGAACCACCCACCGCUGAGCCGGAGCGAAUGGACGUGGAGGAAGGUGUCGAGGAGGCUAUGCAAGAUCCUGGUGUCAUGAGUCCUACAGGGGAGGAUAUGGAUCCUGCUGCCCUGCGGGCAUGGAAACUUCAGCAGGCUUUGUUUGCCAUGUCUAAUACAGGCCCUGAUAACCCCCCGGCCCCACCGGAGAACGUGGAGGAGCUUUUGCAGUCCUUGUUUCCUGGAUUUGAUCGCAAAACCCUCCCUCGCUUCCUAGAAUUGAUCCCCCAUAAGAAGGCUUUCUUCCUCGGCAAACAGCACCCCAAACCCCCGAAGCCGGUACUCCCGACAAAACUCAACGUUGAAUUGGCGCAGGACCAGGAGAGGAGCUUCAGGUCUGGAGGUCAGGCCUUUAAACGCCCGCUUGAGUCGGAUCAUCUAGGAAUCACGACGAUAGCUGAGGCUGCACAAGAGGAGGAAGAUGAGGAAGAGGCUGGAGAGGAGGAAAUUCGGGAGGAGUUCGAGCAAGACACCGACAUGGAGGAAGCCUUGCCCGGGGGCAUCACUUUGCAUGACCUUCGGGUUGUAAGCACUGAUUGGGAUGUCAAGGAUGAUAUAUCCAUCAUGGAUAUUGACGAGCCCGCCCCCAUGGAUACGGGUGAAGACGAGGAGGAUGACUGGCUCAUGGAAACCACUCGCCCGACCAAGAAGCGAAAGAUCGGCAGAGAUGCGACCGAAUUGAUCGCCCUUUCCCAUAUCGACGUACCUGUGAUGGAUGACCCCUCGCAGCUCACGUCGCGAAUUGCUCAAAAGGUCACGAUUGACAUGAACGAUCCCCACAUUCUGCUCGAUGAGCGCGGUCCUGAUUCUACUGCUCAAAAACCUAAAUCUCUGGGCUCUCUGAAUCGCGAGGACAUGGACGUGAACGUUACUCGGCGUCUCACCUCUCGCUACAACAUUUCGAACGACCAGGCCUACGACAUGCUCAAGCAGAACCACCAGAACAAGGUGCGGAGCACCCUAGGAAAUGUUACUCUUGAACACAGUAUGCCAGCUCGUCGCUUGCAAUGGCCAUAUUACAAGACCGAGCUUGCCAAAGCGGAAACCCGAUCUUUCCACCGGCCGGCCUUGUCUUUCCGAGCUGGCCAGACUUGUUGGUUUAAAAAUCCCGCCCACAUCAAACGCAAGCACCAGAAGGGCAAAGACGUCAAGCAAUUAUACAACUCUACCAAGGCACUCUCUAUGGCAGACAACUCUCACGUCUUGCUCGUCGAAUAUUCAGAAGAGGCACCCCUCAUGCUCUCGAACUUUGGAAUGUCGAAUCGAUUUAUCAACUAUUAUCGGCGUAAAAGCAUGGAGGACUCGACUCGUCCAAAGACUGAAAUUGGCGAAACCGUCGUUCUCCUUCCCCAGGAUAAAAGUCCCUUCUCGAUCUUUGGACACGUUGAUUCCGGGGAGACCACUCAAGCUGUUUCGAACUCCAUGUAUCGCGCACCCCUCUUCCCACACAAAGCCAAAUCGACCGAUUUCUUAGUGGUGCGAAGUAGCACCACGGGGGGUGGCAGCAACUACUACCUUCGAAACAUAGAAAACCUCUAUGUUGCCGGCCAGCAAUUCCCGUCCGUGGAUGUACCUGGACCUCAUUCACGAAAAGUGACUACGGUUGCCAAAAACCGUAUGAAAAUGCUUGUUUACCGCCUCUUGAAGAAGAGCCCUGACCUCAGACUUUCGAUCAGCGACGUUACUGCUCAUAUCCCCGGAACAAGCGAUAUGCAAAACCGUCAAAAGGUCAAGGACUUCCUUCAGCAUGACAAGGAUUCCAAAUACUGGGUUCCCUUGGAGCCGGUCCCGGAACAGGAUGUGAUUCGGUCCUGGGUCCAGCCUGAGGAUGUGUGUUUACUUGAAUCCAUGCAGGUUGGUCAACAGCACUUGCAUGACACGGGUUAUGGCAAUGAUGCUGAAACCGGCGGUGACGAUGACGAUGAUGCAGAAGGCGAGAGCUUCGAGCAACAGAUGGCUCCGUGGAAAGCAACACGAAACUUCCUGCUUGCGUCUCAAGGAAAAGCCAUGCUCAAGCUUCACGGAGAAGGUGAUCCUACCGGUCGUGGCGAGGGUUUUAGUUUCAUUAAGACAUCUAUGAAAGGAGGGUUCAAGGCGAUUGGAGAAAGUGUUGAGGAUAAAUUGGACGCGCAACGACUCAAAGAACUGGGUGGACACAGUUACAAUGUGGCUCGACAGCAAAAAUCAUACGAAACCUCGAUUCGACGCAUCUGGGAUGCCCAGAAAGCUAGCUUGUCGUCUACUGUUGAACACUCGGACGCGGAAAGUGAUAUCGAUCGCGAGGACGAGGAGGAGUUCGGAAAACCGACCCCAAGAUCGGAAGCUCCUACACCGGCUCCCGGUCGUCGAGAUGAUGAGACAACUAGUCAAUUUAGUAAGAUGAGUAUGCCAGAUCAGAAAGGCAAGGUCCUUCGGAUUAUUCGAUAUCACAAGGACGAAAAGGGGGGACUUUAUCCCAAAGAAACCCUCAUAUGGGAUCAAAGGGUCAUUCGACACUACAUUCAACAUCGCCAUAGAGCCGAAGCUCUAUCGACCAAGCUUGACUCUCUUCAACCGACAGGCGACCCAGAGAUUGAUGCUCGCAACAAGAAACUGAUUGAAAACGAGCUUAGUCGUCUCAACCGCAACAAAGAGCGUCGAUUCGCACGCGAAAAGCAAAAGGGCGUUGUUCGCACCUCCGCCGGCGAGUCACCGGCAGAAGGUGGCUCUGGAGGUGGCAAGUCGGCCGGUACUCAGCGCAAGUGCGCCAACUGCCAUCAAGUCGGUCACAUCAAGACCAACAAGAAACUUUGUCCUCUUCUCAAUGGUACCAUGAAGCCCGAAGAUCGGGUCAGCGAGUCGGCCUUCGCCAUGGGCGCGCCUCCCGCCGUCUAA